CAUCAUGGUCCACUGACUUGCCAUCGUAUGCUCUGACAAAGAAACGGAGCUGUCGCAAACACAUUUGCAGCUGACCACAUCUGCCUGCUUUGACGUCGUCAUUUGGUGUUCUGCAGCCACACAGUGGAGGCGUCGUGGGAAAGCACUGAGUUGUCCUCGACCAAGCCGGGGUUGUGACACAGCAAGUGGGGAAGAUGAGCAAGUCUCCGACCCCAGUUGAAACCCCAGUGCAGCGGAGCCCCAGCAAUGGGGUCCCCGAAGGCCUCCAGUCACCUCAGCAUUCAACUCCUGGCUCUGGAUCGCAUCUUAAGAAACACAUCUCCAGCCUUCUUCAGAGUCCGUCAUUCAAGGAGGAGCUGGAUGCGCUUAUCCAGGAGCAGAUGAAGAAGGGUGGCAGCUCAUCAAACCUUUGGGCACUCAGGCAAUUGGCUGACUAUAUGGCCUUGCAUGGCUCCCCUGCAACCCUACCAGUCUCCCCAUCUAACAUGAUGAUGGUCACCCCCAUUAAUGACCUCCAAGGCUGGGAUUCUGGCAGCAUGGUGAAAGGGGAACGACUGAUGCGCUGCAAGCUUGCCAGUGUCCAUCGUCUUUUUGAUCUCUAUGGCUGGGCCCAGAUCAGUCACACCUGUCUCACUCUGCGGGUUAGCAAAGAACAGGAACACUUCUUGGUGCUACAAGAUGGUCUGGCCUACAGUGAGGUUACUGGAGCAAGCCUGGUAAAGGUGAAUAUCUUGGGUGAAAUGGUGGAGAAGGGCAAUGCAAACCUUGGUGUGGACAAGGACAAGUUCAGCCUGCACUCAGCCAUCUAUUCAGCCCGACCGGAUGCCCGAUGCCUGCUUCACCUCCACACACCGGCCACAGCAGCAGUGUCAGCUAUGAAAUGUGGCCUACUGCCAUUGUCCCAUGAAGCCCUCCUGGUUGGGGAUGUGGCCUAUUAUGAAUACAAUGGAGUAAUGGAGGUAGAGGAAGACCGUGUGGAGCUUCAGAAGAGCCUUGGGCCCACCUGCAAGGUACUGGUGCUUAGAAAUCACGGCAUAGUGGCCCUGGGGGAGUCUGUGGAGGAGGCCUUCUACGCAAUCUACCACAUUCAGGCUGCCUGUCAAAUCCAGGUAUCAGCAUUGUGCAGUGCCGGCGGUGAACAGAACCUGAUUUUACUUGACCGGACCACCCAUAAACCCAAUCAUGCUGGCACUGUGGGCUGGGCUGGGUCGACCUUUGGCCCAAUGCAAAAGAGCCGCAUCGGAGAACAUGAGUUUGAAGCCUUAAUGAGGACUCUAGAUAAUUUGGGUUACCGUACAGGUUAUGCUUACCGUUUCCCUUUGCUGCUGGAACGAUCACGGUCACAAACACGAAAGGAUAUAGAGGUUCCUGCAACCACCACAGCCUUUCACCAGUUCAAUGAUGAUGGAGUUCCUCUAGGUCUCAAGCAGCACCAUUUUACCCAUCGCCAACAGCAGGAGAGAACUCGAUGGCUCAACACUCCCAAUACCUACCAGAAAGUCAACCAGGAGCAAACCAGUCCUGGACACCAGCGCACCACUUGGAUGAAGACAGAAGAAUUGACACAAGGCGCCAGUACCGCAAUCAAAAUAGAAAACCCAAACCAGUUUGUGCCUCUUUUUACUAACCCUCGGGAAGUCAUCGAGACACGAAACAAGAUCCGUGAGCAGAAUCGUCAAGACAUGAAGACAGCAGGGCCUCAGUCUCAGGUCCUCGCCAGUGUUGUAACGGAUGACAGUCCUCCGUCACCGGUCAUUCCGCCCCAAGAACCACUAGAGCCCGAAACCCCCAACCCCUUUAAUCAGCUGACAGACCAGGAGCUAGAGGACUACCGCAUGGAAGUGCAGAAGAAACGAGACAUUGGGGCCAAUGGGGAGGAGGUGGCAAAUGACUCUUCCCCUGCUAGCUCCCCCACAAAGGGCCCUCUGCCCAAUCACCCCACCCUUUCAGGAGACGCAAAGACGGCUUCAGCAGUCAUACAGAACGAAGGUGAAGAGGAGACGCAGGCUGAAGAGCUCGAGAAAGGGAUAAAGGCUCUUUCAACUAACGACACUUCCACACCUGCUGCUCUGCCUGCCAAACCACAGGGUGGCACACCGGAAGGUUCGCCAUCCAAGUCCCCGUCCAAAAAGAAGAAGAAGUUCAAGCCGCCAUCAUUCCUGAAAAAGAGCAAGAAGCAGAAAGAAAAAGUAGAAACUUGAGUGGAUUAGCGCCAAACCUUAAUGAAAUAUUGCUGUGAAAUAUUUCUUUGCGUAGAAUACAGAAACAGUCGGGUGGUGUUCACUGCAGGUCUUUUCAAAACCAGUCAGUAACAAAGCCAUUUUCCAACCCAGUAAAGACAGAUUUAUUGAUUGUGGGUCACUUCCAACCCACCGCUACUACUAUUCAUCACGCAGGCUUUGUAUUUCUCAUGUAUUUUAUUCACCUACAUUUGUUCAAACCAAUUUUACUGUGACAGAUACAAAUCCCAUUUUGCGUAUUGCCUAAAUCAUUUGUAUUCACCACUCCGAAUCGGUCCCUUAACAUCACGAGAAAAGCACUUCAUUGAUCACAGCAUCUUGUAUUUGUUUAGUUAUAAAUAUCACAUUGAGAUUGCUGGUGCAUAUGUGAGCACAUGUGCAUUACGUCUAGAAACGUGUACUAAUAGCUACUGAUUGUGCUCUGAAAGCUGUUAAUUGUAAAUCUGUCAGACUGUAGAUGUUAUUAUAGCAGGAAUACAACAAAGAUGAACGGCAGGCAAAAAUCAUACUGUCUUGCAAGAAAACAAAAGUGGCUAUAAAAUAUGCUUGUAAUUGCAGCUUAAAGACUCGUAAAUACACUGAAGGCACGAAAACAUUCCACUUUGUCCAUAUUCCUCUUUAUGCGUAUGCGAAAUACCUCCAAACCAUCAAAUAUGCUUUCUGUUUUAAGUCUGUUGGUGAAAAACAAAUGCUGAUGCGAUGUUUAAUCAUGAUUUUGAUUAUUUUAUAUUACAAUGUGUAUGUGAAUGUUGCAAGUCCACCCUAUAUGCAUACAGUAUACAUAUAUAUAUAUACCUGUCAUUAAAGUUUUAUUUCAAAAUCAA